UAUUACAUUUUGUGAAUUCCCAACAUAUAUAAGACACUUUAAGAUACCGAUAUUUUCAGCGGGCCGUUGCUGCCAACCGAUAUUUCCCAUCGCCGCUUUGCCCACCAAUAGCGAGUACACAUCUAAUACAUUUCCCAUCGCUAGCAGUAUUCGGUUUGCAAAAAAAAAGGUCAUAUGAAAAAAUGGAAUUAGCUAAGAAAUUACAGGAGAGCGGCUGGCACCUGACAGAGGACGGUCUCAAAACACUGACAGCCGCCAUUGGCAGCGAAGACCCCAAGAAAAUCAUCGCCGAGCUAUUGAAUAGGGACAUCCGCGACAUAGGCGGUGGUGCAUUGCCCGCAAAGCGUGACGAUGCCACUCUGCCCGGGAAGAUUGUACUGCAAGUGCAGAGGGUUCGGAACAUAGCCGCUCCCAAAGCGAACGAGGAAUCGAAGGCGGCACCGCGCCUUCUGCAGCUGGAGCUGAGCGACGGCCAGAACUCGAUUCAGGCCUUGGAGUUGGAGCCCGUGCCGCAGCUAAAUCUCAAUGUGGCACCCGGCAGUAAGAUCUACUUCAAGGCCGAGAAACUGCAUCUGAUGCAGGGAUUCCUGCUGCUUCGUGCCACUGAGUUGCAGAUUCUCGGCGGCCGAGUGGAUGCGCUCUACGAGAAGUGGGAUCUGACCAGAACUAUGCUCAAGUAUGCCCGAAGUGGCCGCCCCUUGAGUGGAUCGACAAUGCCACCUCCAUGGGUGGCAUUCGGACGAAAAAUCGACACCACCGCGGAGCGCGAGAGGAACUUCAAGAGUCUAGGAUCGUCAGGCGAUAAGGACAAGCCGGCGAAGGAGAACGAUGAGUUUAAUGCAAUGCGCAGCGAAGCUAUUGCCGUGGCAACGAAAGCCGGCGGCAAGAAGGUCUUCGGCGGCGGUGGCCAAAACAUCAUCGAUCACAACAUCAAGAAGAUCCUGGACAAAGGCUUCAGCGAGGAGGAGGCCCGCAGUGCCUUGCACGCCACCAGAAACAACCUUGAGCGUGCCCUGUUCAAUUUAAAGCGACGCAAGGAAACGGGCGGCGUGGGUCCCAUCGAACCAGUGGGUCGCCCGGGUCGCGGAGAACGUCCUGGCCGAGAGGGCAAGCGCGGAGCCACCGCAAAGGAUGAGGCUGAAGCGGCAAAACCAGCAGCUAAUGCCACGCUGUUUGAUUUUCUCACCACGAAACUGCCCGCCUCUGAAACACCGACCGCCAGCGUUGCUGCGACCUUUUCUUCAGCCCCAACUGCCCCACCUACUGCCAAUCACUAUAAUCCGUUCAAGCAAUACGAAAACUCAAGGUUUGGCGAAACCGAUAGCAGAUCGUCAGCUCUUGGCGGAGGUGGCGGUGGCGGCGGAAAGUUUGCGGAUCGUUCGAGAUUUGAGAAUAAUGUGUCGAGCAGCUUUGCCGCCCAUCGCGGUGGACAUGGUGGUUCCUCAAGGGGCGGCGGCCGUAAUCGAGGUGGAGGAAGAGAUGACAGGCCACCGAGAGAGGAGAGGCCACCAAGAGAGGAGAGGCCACCGAGAGAGGAGAGGCCACCGCGUGAAGAGAGACCUCCUAGAGAAGAUAGGCCGCCUCGAGAGAGGGGAGGCUACAAUGAGCGAGGUUCUGGACGCAACAAGUCGGAAGCCAAUAAUGUGAAAGCCUCUUCGCGCAACGGAACGGAUAACGCGCAAGCCAAGAGCCAUUCCGAUGCGAAAGUAGAUCAAGAAGCAACCAAUGGAAAGGACCACGCUGGCAAUCGUCGUGGCAGUGAUCGUGGCAACAACCGCGGAGGCUCGAGUCGAGGAGAGAAUGGCAAUGCGAGUGGAAACAAGCGUAAGCCGCAGGCAGGCACCAAUGUAUUCAACGCAACAAGUGCAUCCAGCAAACCCUCAACCAAUUCUGGAGAGGAUUUCAAUGCACGUUUGAGCAAGGUAACCGAGGAGACUGCCAAUCUCAAGGUGAGCAGUGCGCCCAAGCGAGAGAAUCGUCGCCGGCAGGGAGGCAACCAGGGGCAAGCCAGUCGCCAGUCGGGAUCAGGAACGGGUACGGGAGCAGGAAUGGACCAGCAGCAGCAACAGUCAUUACAGCUGGCUUCUCAGAAGCCGGAAAAGGCUCAGUCCACUCAGAAAACUCAACAAAAUCAACAACAGAAUCAACAGCAGCAGCACCAACAGCAUCACAACACCCGAAAUCAUUCGCAACAAAACUAUAGUCAAUUGGCGAAUGGAUAUACAUACGAUCCCAGCAAGAUUAUGGGUUUCCAGAGCAAGGAGGCCAACGAGUUUGCCAUGAGUCUUCUAAAGAGCCAGGGCGUGGGACUGCCCAAUCAGGAAUCGGCCUCAGCGCAACCCUUUGCUUCAGCUUCAGCUUCGGUUCCCCAUCCUCAGCAGCAGUCUCCGCCCCAGGCGGCCCCGAGGGAGCACUAUGGAAUGACACCUGGCGAUGCCUGGAUGUGGCAGAAGGGAGACUUGUGCAUGGCCAAGUAUUGGGACGACGGCAGAUAUUACGAGGCUGAGAUCACGGGUGUUUCGGAAAAGACUUGCGUGGUCUUCUUUCUGGGUUAUGGCAACCACGAGGAGGUGCUCCAGGUGGACAUAUUGCCCAUUACGGAUGCACAGAACAGGCCGAUGAGCAAUGCUCCACAGCGGCAGCAACAGCAGCAACAACAGCAGCAACUCCAUCAACAGCAACAGCAGCAACAUUCACGAUACCGCGGCGGGGACCGCCAGGCGCAGCAGCAGCAGCAAGUCUAUGUGCCGCCCCACAAAAGAGAACAUUGAAACUGGGCCGGCUUGUAUUCAACGUAAAUCAAUUAAAAUAAUGUUUCGAAUAAAAAACUUUACAGUGUAUUGAAACUAACUAUA